AGGCGCAUAAGCGUGUGAGUGAAAGACGAGUUAGAUUCGAUUUCGUUUAGUUUGUGAGGACACAUCAUGAGGAAAGGAGCGUUCCUGAUUCUUCUACUGCUGGGCAUCUCCCAAAUGGCCCACUGCACAGCAAAGGGCCGACAACACAGACAUUUCAGGGAAGAUGAGGAAGAAAUGGAUCCUGAAAUCAAAUCAGCCGCGUCAUUAAGCCACGCUAUGCUCCAACAGCUAACAGAUGCAGUGCGAACACUUUUGCCUAUCAAGGACCAGAUUGCAAGCCAGCAAGAAAAAAUCGAUGCGAUCUACAAUUUGUCUCUUGAAACUAAAACUUACAUCGAAAGUGUGAAGAAAAAUGAGAGCGAGAGGGACGAAAUGAGAUCGGAAAUUUCACGCAUGGCCAGAAAAGUGACGUCCGUAGAUACUGAGUGCAACGAAUCUUUGGAGUAUUGCAGAAAUAAUACAAAGAACGCCUUGUCUGAGCUGCGCUUCAGGUGUGACUCGGAGGUUGAGACGGUCGAGCGGAAGUGGAAGGACAAAAUGCAGCAGUUCACCCUGCAGCAGGGUGGCCAGAUGAGCAAUAUACAGCAGGGGUGCGAGGUGCAGGCCGUGCAGCUGCAGACGCAGUGCUUCACCAAAAUGAUGGACCUUAGCUCUGAAGCGGACAAGACGAUUGCGGCGCUCAAGGGAGAGAAGGAUAAGCUUGAGGAGCAAAUCGAGGAACUGAAAGCAAAGCUCGCCAGGUGCAUCCCUGACAAAACUGACUUUGAAUACAGAGGAAACGUGGCCAAGUCGGCCAAAGGACUCGAGCUUGACAAACAGCCCAAGCCCACGGGUCCAUCUGAUAAGCCUGAAUGCGAGGGUUUUCUCGAGCAAUCUGCGCCUGUUUCUCCCAGUAUUUCUGAAACCGGUAUGAACGUUGGAAAUAACAAGCAGUACAUUAUAGGCGAUCGAAAAGUGUCGUGGCGAGAAGCCAAUGAAAUCUGCAGGUCGAAGGGAAUGUGGCUGCUGACUCAGGAGACUGAGAGGGACAAGCACCUGCUGAAUGUCCACGUUCAAAAAAUAAUCGGCACGCAACCGGCCUCCUUCUGGAUGUCGGCGCGCAAGGAGGAGGGUGAGACGUGGUUCAUGUGGACGUGCUACUCAACCAGCCAGCGUCCCUGGCGCCACACCCAGAAUCCCAAGACAGAUGAGAGAUGCGCGCACGUCACCUACCAGAGGGGCGGAAAGGGAGUCUGGGCUGACGACAGCUGUGACGCCACCCACAGGUACAUCUGUCAGAAGAUGGUCUACUGAUUAUGAUUUCUAUGUGCAAGGUCCUGUUUUAGAAUAUUAAAUCCUAUUGUGUUAAUGACUGGUAAGAAAAAAACAUGAUUGUUUUGUGAAUAUCAGAAAUAAAAUUUAUUUGAUGACUUA